AAUAGUAUUUUUCUUUUAGCUUAGUCUUUUUUGCAAAAUAUUCACGUGGGGUUUCUAAAAUCCAUAAACGGAGUUCGUUUAACGGUAAAACCUGAAAAUCGAAAGCGAAAGAUUCGCACAUAUUAUUUUAAGCACUGUUGCCAAAGAUAAUGCCAAAUCAAGACGACGUCACGAAACUUGCAAUUACAGUAGCCAGUUCGUUCGCACUAGCAUUUGUAAUCUAUAACAUUGUGUUGUCUUUUCGAGAAUCUGGAUUGUACUCUCCUGAUCUUCGUAGAAAAAGAAAAAAAUCAACAUCACAAGAUGCUUUGGUGCAUUUGUUAAGAGCUUUAGAUGAGGAUGAAAUUGACAAAUCAAGUUUGGUCUACAUUUUAAGUAGAUUAGUUGACCUUGCUGCUUUUUCUGAAGUCCAGGAGAAAAUAAACCAAUUAGGCUAUCUACAGAAAAUUUCCAACACUUUGAAUUAUCCUGACCAGGAUGUGAAAAUUCAAGCUUCUCUUCUCAUAAACAAUCUUUCUUUAAAUGAAAAGAACCAAGCCACUCUAAAGGAAUGCAUACCAGUGUUGGUCAGUAUCAUCAAAAGCAAUGUGAUGAAUGAAUCUUCUGUGUCGCUGUUUGCAGCUGUAUUAAAUGCACUCACAAACUUGACAACGUUAAAUGAUAGUCACCAGGAUAUUCUUAAACAUAUCCAUGUAUUAUGUGAGUUGCUGCAAGAAUGCGAUGUUGUACAAAUUAAGGUACAAGUUUUAAAAGUGUUGGUAAAUCUGUCCACAAAUGAUAAACUAUGUGAAAACAUGCUGGAACUAGACGCACAGUUAUUGCAUUCUGUUGAGCCGUUCAUUUCGCCAGAAGUGGAAGAAAAAUUUCUGCUACGAGCUGUAAGUUGUUGUGCGAAUGUGUUGACUUCUUUACACAGACGUUGGCAGUAUGGAAAACAGCCAUGCGUUGCAACACCAGAGUUCGUGAACGAGAAACUUCGAGAGAAUUUGGUUCGCUUGACGUCUCACGAAUCGCAAGACAUUCGCUUACAAGCGGGAAGAUCUUUAUUAGCUUUAAGAACACCUGUUCAAGGGAAACUGGAAAACAGUUUGGAUGAAAUUGACAUAUUAGAAGUUCUAAAAAUAUAAUAUUUAAUUACUUUUUAAGUUUUAAUUUUAGCGUUCGAAAAUAUUUUUAACUGCGAGAAUUUUUGUUUGAAAUAACCGAGGCAAACCGAUUUUGAUGUACCUGUGAUGUGGUUCCCAGGCUGUUUAUUUAAAACCGAUCUGUUCCGACCAGUAAAAAAAUUGCUCAGGCGGAAAUAACCGACGUAAAGUUUGAAUGAUCAUGGAAACGAGGACUAGGUUGCUAUAUGUUUUUGAAUAUUCUAUUUAACACUAGUGUUUAUACUUUUUUCGUUAUAUUUAUAUAUGUUCCUGUACAAUUCAAAAUAUUGGAUCUAUUUUAAAAUUGGUAUUGUUUUUUUUUAACUUAUCCUAUAAAAGAAUGAAUUGGGUAGAGAUGUGAAAUCAUUAAAGCGAAAAUAACUCAUUUGUUUGUU